CGUUUGCUGCGCUGACACGGCAUUUCCACCGAUGAAACGUCAUCCAGCGAAUCGGUCCUUUGUUCAUCAGCCGAUUUUCCUGCUGCCGCUCUUCUCCAAGACGUGCGUCAGGCUUGGGCGAGCAUUCGUUGUGCUCGUUGCGAAGCUCUGAGCGGGGUUGACCAAUCAGCCGGCUAUCCUGGCCGCCAUCUCCGUCAUCAACAUGUGCUUAGUGCUACCCCAGACUCUACCCCAGAGUUUAGCGGUAAUCUUAUCUGUAUAUAAAGCUUUGGCAAGCAUCCUCCCGCGGCUACGCCCGACUGCUUGUCACCUGCAGUCUUUCAUUUCUGAAGGAUCAUUAACGUCGCCAUGGCCACAGAAAUGGACUACAAGGACCACGAUGUGAUGGGCCAAGGAUUCAACGAUCCGGAGCAUCUCGAAGCAGUGCGCGAAGAGGCUUUGCAUCAUGGCCAUCUAUCCGCGGAGGAGCUUGAGAUCGAGAAGAAGUUGAGGAGGAAGAUUGACAUGCGAAUCAUGCCGGUCCUCAUUACCAUUUACUUGAUGAACUACAUCGACAGAAACAACUACGCCGCAGCGCGUCUACAGGGUCUGGAGGAGGACUUGGGCCUUAAUGGCGACCAGUACCAAACUGGUCUUUCGAUCUUAUUUGUUGGUUACAUCCUGAUGCAGGUACCCUCUAACAUCAUCCUCAACUGGGUCGGUCGACCGUCGUUAUAUCUUGGCUGCGCCACUGUCGCUUGGGGCUUGGUCUCGUGCGUAACGUCUCAAGUGCACAACUACUCAGGAAUCGUAGCAGCGCGCUUCAUCCUCGGAAUUGUAGAAGCACCGUUCUUUCCUGGUGCGUUAUUCUACCUGAGUAAAUGGUAUACGAAGGAAGAGCUGGCAAAACGCAACGCUAUUUUCUACGCUGGUUCGCUGGUUUCUGGCGCAUUCGGUACCCUCAUCGCAGCAGGCAUUUUGAGCGGGCUGGACGGAAGUCUUGGGUUGGCUGCUUGGAAAUGGCUCUAUAUUAUUGAAGGCGCCAUCACGAUGGCCGUUGGUCUUGCAGCAAUCUUCAUUCUACCCGACUUCCCAGAGACCUGGAAAGGUCUGACGCCGGAGAUGAAGCGUGUGGCCGUCAGACGUCUUGCUAUCGACGCUGCCGAAGCUGAUGUCGAUGAAGCUGGAGGCAUGAGCCAGAUCAAGGGCAUGAAGCUUGCUUUCACAGACCCCAAGACCUACAUUCUCGCAAUCGCCUACAUGGGUAUCACUGGCUCCGCUGGCUUCCAAAACUUCUUUCCGACCCUCACGCAAACUUUGGGCUACACCCGUAUCAUCUCGCUCCUCCUCGUGGCUCCUCCCUAUGUCUUCAUGGUGUUUUACUCCUACGGCCACUGCUACCUAUCAGACCACCUCGGUAAACGCUUCUGGUUCCUCGCAUACCCUGUCUUCAUUUCGAUCAUCGGCUUCCUGAUCUUCAUGUUUACCGACGACUUCGGACCGCGCUACUUCUCCUUCUUCCUGAUGAACUUCGUCUUCGCCCAGAAUGGCACGAUCUACGCUUGGAUCUCCAAUGCCAUCCCGCGUCCACCCGCCAAGCGCGCCGCCGCACUAGCCUUCAUCAACUCUAUCGGUAACUCGGCGUCGAUCUGGACGCCAUUCACCUACUUACCGAGCUCGAAGCCACAUUAUCGACCCGCUCUGGGGGUGUGUAUCGGACUGCAGGUACUGAGUCUGGCGUGCUUCUUGACUAUGAAGUUCUACCUCGAGGCGCAGAAUAGGCAGAUGGCGAGGAUGGAGAAUGAGGACAGUCAGUUGACGGAGAAGGAUAUGAAGAAGCUGAGAAAGACGGCGGAGGCAGAGGGGGUCGAUAUUGCAGCGGCGAGGGUGCUGCAGAAGGGUUAUCGAUACAUGAUCUAAGCACCAAGGUGCAUGUUGUGAGUGGCACUGCAAACUUCCAAGGGGGCAGUCUAGCACUGCAUUCCUGUUCAUGAUAUUCGUAUGGCCCCUUUCCAUGACCGCAAUCUCUAUAAGCGUGGUUUACAUACAGUAAACGGGGCCUUGUGUACCCUUG